GAGAGAGAGAGAGAGAGAGAGAGAGAGAGAGAGAGAGAGAGAUAGUAGGAAGAAAGAAAGAGGAAACCAGCAGUCUUUGGUAUUCACAGGAUUUCUUUUGGGGAUAAAAGGACGCUUUGAAUUGAUGACUGGAGAGGUCUAGACUGCUGGUUGUGAGGAUGUUGUCAACGGGGCAGAUUAGGUGGUGCUUGUGGGCUCCGCUGGUGUUACUGGCCCUAGUUUCCCAUUUCCCCUCCAAGGCACAGGGUCAAGUUCCAGUUCCGAGGAGGCUGCGUUUCAAAGUGCUGAGCUCAAGCAAACUCCUUGUUUCAUGGAAGGAGCCAAAAGGAGACUUUGACAGCUAUCUAUUCCUCUACAACAGUACACCAGGUGGUCAGCAGAGGGAGAUCAUCUUAUCUAAAUCUGACACUAAGGUGUUGAUAACGGACUACAGCCCCUCUAAGGGCUACACUGUCAGUGUCAUCAGUGUCAGCGGCAGUGAGCAGAGCAGACCACUUCACGGCAGACAUAAAGCGGAGAGAGGUGAGAGUGACAGUGAAGUCAACACUAAGCCUGAGAGGCUGCCUGACUCAGUUGUACCUCCUGAGGAUGCCAACGAGAUCUCUGGAGUUGAUCAGUUUGUGUGCCACACUGAGGCCAUUGCAGACAUCAUAAUCCUGGUGGACGGCUCCUGGAGUAUUGGUCGACUCAACUUCCGGCUGGUCCGCAUGUUUUUGGAAAAUCUGGUCAAUGCCUUUGAUGUUGGCAUCGAUAAAACAAGGAUAGGUCUGGCUCAGUACAGUGGUGAUCCCAGGAUAGAGUGGCAUCUAAAUGCUUUCUUCACGAAAGAUGCCGUCAUUGAUGCCGUUAAGAACCUGCCAUACAAAGGAGGAAACACUCUCACAGGCCUUGCGUUGACCUAUGUCUUGGAGAACUGCUUCAAGCCUGAGUCUGGCUCACGGGAGGGUAUACCCAAGAUUGGGAUCCUCAUCACAGACGGGAAGUCCCAGGACGAUGUCAUACCUCCUGCAGAGAGCCUGCGAAAUGCUGGGGUUGAGCUGUUUGCUAUUGGUGUUAAGAAUGCUGAUGAGAAUGAGCUUCACUCCAUCGCCUCAGAGCCGGACGACUCUCACGUCUACAACGUGGCCGACUUCAACGUCAUGAGCUCUAUCGUAGAGGGUCUGACCAAGACUGUGUGUGAACAAGUGGAGCAGCAAGACAAGGACAUCAAACAGAAACACAUACCAGAGAUAACAGGAGCGCCGCUCGAGCUGCUGACAUCAGAAGUCACAGCACGAAGCUUUAGGGUUUCAUGGAGCCACGCCCCCGGAAACGUAGAGAAGUACAGAGUGGUUUAUUACUCUGCUAGCGGAGGAGAACCACAGGAGGCGGUAGUGGAAGGUAGUGAGACUUCAGCGGUGUUACAGCAUCUCAACUCUGUCACUGAGUACCAGCUGGCUGUGUUUGCUGUGUACGCAAACGAGGCAAGUGAAGCUCUCAGAGGAUCGGAAACAACUGUGGCCCUUCCCACAGUGACAGUCCUCCAGCUGUCUGACGUGACUCGCAGCACCAUGAAAGCAAGAUGGGACAGUGUGGAUGGAGUUUCUGGCUACAUGCUGCUGUAUGCACCGCUUAUAGACGAUGGAGACUUGCACGAGAAGGAGGUAAAGGUAUCGGAGGCAGUAACAGAGCUAGAGCUGGUUGGGUUGACCCCUCUCACUGAAUACACUGUCACUGUUUAUGCCAUGUAUGGGGAGGAGGCCAGUGACCCUAUUACAAUCCAAAAAACUACUUUACCACUGAGACCUCCCAGCAACCUCCAGUUCUCUGACAUCACUCACAACUCCGCCCACAUCAGGUGGGAGCCCGUGCCCAGAGGAGUUAAAGGUUACCGCAUCAUGUGGGUCAAGACAGAUGGACUAAUCACGGAGGAGGUGGAGGUGGGUCCAGUGAACUCUUAUGACCUCAGUGAGUUGACGUCUCUGAUGGAGUACUCAGUGGCCAUCUUUGCCCUGUACGAUGAGGGCCAAUCAGAGCCGCUCACAGACGGGUUCACUACCACUCCAGUUCCUGGUCCUUUGGAUCUACGUUCCAACGAUGUUGGCACAGACAGCUUCCAGGUCAGCUGGGAUCACUCAGCUAGUGACAUCGUCCUCUACAGACUCUCCUGGGCACCGUUCACAGGUGGCGAUACAAAGGAGGUGGUCUUAAGUGGAAGUGAUAACAGAUACAUCCUUACCGGUCUGAGUGCAUCGACUGAGUACGAAGCUAUGUUGACGGCUGUAUUCAAAGAUGAAUCCGAGAGUGACACCGUCUCUGUUAUAGAGACCACAUUGGCACGUCAUGCUGCGAGGAACCUUCUGCUGAGUGACGAGACAACCCAGAGCUUAGAGGCAUCAUGGGAGCUGGAAGACCCCCAUGUGCAAAGCUACAGGGUCUCUUACGCUGGCCUCAGGGGCGACCACAAAGAGGAGUCUGUGUUAGUUCCUGGUGGUCAAAGGAGAGCAGUGCUUCAGCCUUUACUGUCAGACACACAGUACAAAGUGACAGUGACGCCAGUGUACGCCGGCGGUCAAGACGGCAUCAGUGUCUCGGCUACGGGUGCCACAUUGCCCCUCUUGUCUCCUGGAAACCUCCGUGUGUCAGAGGAGUGGUACAACCGCUUCAGGGUCACAUGGGAUCCACCUCAGUCUCCUACAGCGGGUUACAGGAUCGUCUACCAGCCCAUUUAUGUUCCAGGACCAGUUUUGGAGACAAUAGUGGGGAAAGAUGUGAACUCCAAGGUGCUUCUGAAUCUACUAAGUGGGACGGAGUACAGUGUUCAAGUGACGGCUUCCUACCCUACAGGACAAAGUGAACCACUGCUUGCGAACGCCAAGACAUUGUUCCUCGGUGUCUCUGGCUUGUCAACCUACCAGAUACGUCCCAACAGCCUGUGUGUCCAAUGGCAGCCUAUUCUACAUGCAACGCUAUACAGAGUCUCCAUUCAGUCAACACUCAAUGGUCAAAGGCAGGAAGUGAGUCUUGGAGGUGGUGCUUCCCGACAGUGCUUCUAUGACCUCACUCCCAGCAGCCAGUACCAGAUCAGCGUUCACACUCAGAUGCAAGAAAUGGAGGGACCUUCUGUCUCCAUCACUGACAUGACACUGCCAGCGCCUACUCUACCUCCGACUGAACCCCCCACCACAGAGCCCCCUCCCACCAUCCCACCCGCUAAAGAAGUGUGUAAGGAGGCCAAGGCUGACCUGGCAUUCCUCGUCGACGGUUCCUGGUCCAUCGGAGACGACAACUUCAUGAAGAUCACGCGUUUCCUCUACAGCACCAUGGGAUCACUGGAUCUGAUUGGACCAGACGGCACCCAGGUGGCCAUCGCUCAGUUCAGUGACGAUGCUAGGACAGAAUUCCAGCUGAGUUCCCAUGGCAACAAGGAAGAGCUGUUGGAAGCUAUUCAGAGUAUCAGAUACAAAGGAGGAAACACCAAGACAGGUCGGGCCAUCAAACAUGUGAAGGAGUCUAUUUUCACCCCAGAGGGCGGAGCUAGAAGGGGCGUUCCUAAAGUCCUGGUUGUUCUCACUGAUGGACGUUCGCAAGAUGAUGUCAACAAAGUGUCCAAGGAGAUGCAGAUGGAUGGCUAUAUCAUCUUUGCCAUUGGCUUUGCGGACGCGGACUACGGGGAGCUGGUGAAUAUUGCCAGCAAGCCCAGCGAUAGGCACGUCUUCUUCGUGGACGAUUUGGAUGCUGUGAAGAAAAUAGAAGAACAGCUCAUUACUUUUGUCUGUGAGGCUGCAACCGCCACUUGUCCAUCUGUUUUGAUGAGUGGUAACACAAUGGCAGGUUUCCGUAUGAUGGAGAAGUUUGGCCUCGUAGAGAAGGAGUACAGCACCAUACCUGGAGUUUCUCUGGAGCCGGGUUCGUUCAACAGCUUCCCCUGUUACAGAUUACAUCGUGACGCCCUGGUGUCGCAGCCCACCAAGUACCUUCAUCCUGAAGGUUUACCCUCUGACUACACCAUUUCUAUGAUGCUCCGCCUACUUCCUGAGACCCCACAGGAGCCCUUUGCAUUGUGGGAAAUCCUCAACAAGGACAACGAGCCAUUGGUGGGAAUAAUUCUGGACAACUCUGGAAAGACCUUGACGUUCUUCAACUACGACUACAAAGGAGACUUCCAGACCGUCGCCUUUGAAGGAACUGAAAUCAAAAGAAUCUUCCAUGGCAGCUUCCACAAGCUCCAUGUAACCGUCAGCAAAACGUUUGUGAAGGUGGUGUUAGAUUGUUCUGUGGUCGGAGAGAAAUCCGUCAGUGCUGCUGGUAACAUUACCACUGAUGGAGUGGAGAUCCUCGGAAGGAUGGUUCAGUCCAGAGGCAGCCGGGACAACUCUGCUCCAUUCCAGCUCCAGAUGUUUGACAUCAUCUGCAGUACAUCAUGGGCCGGCAGAGAUAAGUGUUGCGAGCUGCCAGCAUUGAGAGUUGAGGAGCAGUGCCCCUCCAUGCCUCAUGCCUGCACCUGCUCCCAGGACAGCAAAGGACCUCCAGGACCUUCCGGACCCCCUGGUGGUCCAGGCAUAAGGGGAGCCAGAGGAGACAGAGGAGAGCCAGGAGUGACGGGACCUCAUGGGCCAGUGGGAGAGAUGGGCCCUUCUGGACCAUCAGGACCGCCCGGUCCUCAGGGACCCAGUGGUCUCUCUAUUCAGGGCCCCCCGGGUGGUGGUGGGGAGAAGGGAGAGAGAGGAGAGAUCGGCCCAGCCGGACAAAUGGGUGUUCCUGGAGGCUCAGGCUCCCCUGGUAGAGACGGCCCCCCAGGAGCAAGGGGUCUGCCGGGUAAUAAUGGACCGCAGGGACGACAAGGACCUCCUGGACCCGGUGGAUCCCCGGGAGCACCAGGAGCGCCAGGACCUGGUGGGUCAGCAGGGCCCCAAGGAGAUCACGGACUUACUGGUUCUGCUGGUACCAAAGGCGAUAAGGGAGAAAGAGGUGAUGUGCAAACCCAAGCUGCUGUGCGUGCCAUCGCACGGCAAGUGUGUGAACAGCUCAUCCAGAGCCACAUGUCUCGCUAUAACUCCGUACUGAACCAGAUCCCCGUCCAGUCGGCGACGUCAGUCCGAACCAUAACCGGUCCGCCCGGAGAACCGGGUAGAAGAGGCCUCCCAGGUCCUCAGGGAGAACAAGGGCCAUCUGGCAGGUCAGGCUUCCCCGGUGGCAGCGGCCAGAACGGACGAGCGGGAGAGAGAGGUCUGCUGGGAGAGAAGGGAGAGAGGGGGAGUCCAGGGGUUGGGAGUCAGGGACCUCGAGGACAAUCCGGACCUCCAGGCCUGCCAGGUGAAGGACGGACAGGCAGCCAGGGGCCCCCUGGUCGUCCUGGUAACCCGGGAACACCGGGGAGGUUGGGGAAUCCAGGUUCAACAGGACCAGCUGGCACACCAGGAUACUGUGACCAGAACUCCUGUAUGGGGUACAACGUCGGAGUUCAACAGGACUACGGGAAUGAUUACUGAGGAGCGUUUCUCCAACCGUCUGCCUCUCCUCACCUCCCUCCACUCCUCCCUCUGUGUCCUGCACAUAACACUAAAAACUGAGGAAAUUGAUAAAUUAUUCCUUCAAGGCCUCCAUAUUUCUUGGGAUGGAUAAUUACUUACUCCUGACCCAAGUGUUUAACCUCUAAUCCCUGCAGCAGUGGGUCUUUACAUUUUGUUUCUCCUGAGACCAAGUUACUCCUGCAACCUACUCCUCAUUAUUGCAGGAUCUCCUGUAAAUUUAUUUGGAUUUUAAGGCAACAAAGCCCUUAAAGUUGAAAAGUUGACUUUUUUUUGCCCAGUAUAAGUUUUUAGAAACCUUAGUCACACCAGAUUUCCAGUCUUAAUGCAAACAAUGCUCUGUGAUUACUUAUGGGUAGGAACUGGAUUAAUUUCUACUUUCAGUGAACUUGAUAGAAUUGGGUCGUUAAUCUGCUUGCUUCAUCAUUUGACAGUCUCUGAGACAAAAAUGGAUUAUUUUACCUUCCCGCAAGACCAAACAAAACCCCAUUAUAAUGCUGCUGCAAUGAUCACCACCACUGAUCUCAGUGCCAUCUGUCAACAAACACUCGUGCGCACAAUGCUUUGCUGCAGCAGCCUCAAAUAUCUUCCACACUAAUCAAAUGUUUUAAAGCCUGAUGGAUCCGCUAAAUAGUGAUGAAUUGCUUUGAUGCUGAUUGGCUGCAUUCAUUACAGACUGUAUCUCUUGUACUGUAAACUGGGAAAAACUUUUACCCCUAAUGUGAUCCAGAUGUGAUCUUUCUGAAAACAAUAUCACAUCUGGGCAACACGGGGUAGAAACAAGAUCUUUCCUGAAUUUCUUUAACCUACUUCCUCAUUAAUCAAAACUUUUAAACUCUCUUGGAUCCCAAAUCUGCCGGUGCAACACUUUUAAAAGCACACAACAUCCUUAUUGCUUUGAAGUGAUGGUGGUGGCAUUUAAAGUGGUUGUAGUUCCAAGUCGGCCUUAACGUUGCUCCAUGUUCCCCGUGGUGGUGGUUGUUUGCUGCGGUGAUCCAGAAAAAUUCACUCACACUGACUCCAAAUAUUCCCACCACCCCAGUCCAACCCCUGCCUCACGGCGGCUACCAGCCAUACUACCCUGCUGCAAUGACUUAUAAUAACAACCAAGGAGGCGAAGAUGAGGAGGAGGAGGGAGAGGAAGAGCAGGAGCAGGACCCCUAUUACCGUGGUUACCCCCCUCAGUACUACCCCCAACAGCCCUCACAACUGGCUAAUGGCCAACAUGGUUACCGCUCGAGCCCCACCCACUCCGAGGACACGGAGGUAAGGUCGCCGGGCGUCGCCAGGAGGUUGUCACGUGACGUCGUCGCGUGAGUGAGGAGGGCGGACAUCAAGAGGAAGGAUGGACUCACCUGAAGUGCUUGAGCCCCGCACGCCACAACACACACAAACAAAUCAGACAUUGACAUGCACGUACACAUCGUUCCACACCUGAGACUGUGGUGAGAGCCCCUCCCCUCCCUGUGCACCCAGUGGUUUUCUCCACCUGGUGGAACAAUGUAAAUAGCUCUGUGGACUCUCGUACGAUAUCUCUGUAAAAGGGGGGUCCGAAAAGUGCCUGAUCUAUGUAAGCAUCGUCCAGUGGUAAUGUAAAAGACCUGUUUCAUGUCACAGCUGAAUUCAGGACUAAACCCUUUCUUCUUUUUGUGUGAAGCUGCAUGUCUCCUGUGAUCCAAACAUUGAGUGUGUAACUGGACACGUGCAUCUUGUUUUGGUUGUGUGUAACUAGCUAGAUUAUUUUACAAUUCAAAUGGAGGACGGCAAUAUUUGUACAGGCUGCUUUUUAUAAGGAUGAAUCACGAUUCCCCAGCUUCCAUGCUGUCUUUGUUUCAGUGUGUUAAGGGAUAUUGAAAUGUUUUUUUAAUUGACUGUUCUUCGUACAUUAUUGUGUUGAGUUUGCUUCUUUUUUACCAUCUAUUAUUAUUAUUAGAGUUGAUCCCAUUCAGCAUCACAUUUCUGUUAAGUUUAUUAUUACCUUAACACUGUGGAACUAUUGCUUUUUAAAGUUAUCAUUUUUAUUGAUAGAAAACCUGGCUACCAUCAGGUUUUGUGCUGCGAUAUUUCAUUGUUACUACAAAGAUGGACCAGGUGUGUUCUGGGUUUUCAUACUCAGACUUGUGGUGAAUUAAGAAGACAAAUCUGUGUCUCGUGUUGCCGCCCUAGUUUGUUUCAUUUAUUGUUCUUAUGCAAAGUCGGGCCUGCUCACUGUGGAAGCCGUUUGCUCACUGGUUGACCUCUGACCUCUUGCUGCCAUGAGACCUGGAUCCAGUUAUUACUCAAAACAGUCAGCUGGUUAGUUCUUAUUGCUGCAACCAAUAAGGAACCGAACCCCAAGUGUGAACUUUACCCUUCCUGUCUGAAAAACAAGCACUAAAGUAACUAAACGUUCAGCUGCGAUCUGGCUCUGGUCUAUUUGAGAUUUAAACUGUCGAACCUGAACAGCUUCAAUAAGGAAUGUGUGUCACCACCACGCCCCGGAGUACAACAUGAACCUAUUUAUUUUAUAUUUUGUUUGCUUUUAUAACCAAUAAAUCUGUAAUGAGA